AUGGCAUUAGGUCGCACCUUCAAGCUCAACACAGGCUACGACAUGCCUGCCGUUGGCCUAGGAACGUGGCAAUCGAAGAAAGACGAAGUCCGCGAUGCCGUCAUCGCAGCCUUGAAAUGCGGCUAUCGGCACAUCGACGCGGCAGCAGUGUACGGCAAUGAACAAGAAGUGGGUGAUGGGAUCAGACAGUCUGGCGUUCCGCGGAAGGGCAUUUUCCUUACCAGCAAGCUAUGGAACACCCACCACCAUCCUGAGAACGUCGAAGAGGCUGUGGAUAUAUCGCUCGCUGAUUUGCAGACUGAUUAUCUUGAUCUGUAUCUUAUCCACUGGCCUGUCGCUUUCAGAUACUCAACAACCACUAUCCAGCCCGUUAAUGAACAAACGGGUCUGAUUGAUGUCGUGGAUGUUCCGAUCAAGGAUACAUGGGCUGCUAUGGAGAAGCUAGUCGAGAAGGGGAAAGUUCGCUCGAUCGGAGUGAGCAACUUUACUCGCGAGAAGAUUGAGGAGUUGUUGAAGACAGCGAAGAUAACCCCCGCAGUCAACCAGAUCGAAGCUCACCCGUUUCUUCAGCAGAAGGAUCUGCUGGAGUGGUCGACGCAGAAGGGAAUCGUAAUAGCAGGCUACUCCCCUUUAGGCAACAACAUCUAUAACAUCCCCCGCGCCGUCGACGACCCCCACGUCAUCGAAACAGCCAAGAAACUAAACAAGACCCCCGCACAAGUCCUAAUCAGCUGGGCCGUGCAGCGCGGAACAGUCGUGCUUCCCAAGUCCGUGACCCCAGAGAGAAUUGAGAGUAACUUCCAAGACUUCAUCCUCCCCGACGACGCAUUCUCGACUAUCCAGUCACUGGAGCGACAUCAGAGAAUGAAUUUCCCGGCUAGAAUUGGAGUGGAUAUCUUCUCGGAGGUAGGUGAGGAGAGUGUGAAGAAGAGUGCGCUUGCUUGGGCGGAGGAGCAGAGGGUAUUGAAGGCGAAGGCUUAG